AUGCUCACCCGCCGUGCCCUUCUCCGCAGCCUGGCGGGCGAGCUGACCCCCAGACCGCGGUGUCUAUUACCACUUCGACAGCAGCAACAACAACAACCACACCCUCGAACGGCCUUCCAGCGAUGCCGGAAUCCACAAUCAGCGAGAUCAGUGGCGACCUACACGCAUCCCCAUCAUGCCGCCUCCAUUUCCGUCCUGCCCACCGCUGUCGACACGUCCUCUCCAGAGUUCAAAGAGAACGCCAGGCAGAUGAACGAGCUGGUGGAGGAAAUGACCCGCUUGCACGAGAAGAUCGCGCAAGGCGGUCCACAGAAGGCAAAGGAUAAGCAUAUUGCGAGAGGCAAGAUGUUGCCCCGCGAUCGGGUCACCGCGCUGAUCGAUCCGGGGACCUCGUUCCUCGAGCUCUCCCCCCUGGCGGGCCACGAGGUGUACCCCGGCGAGGACGUGCCUGGCGGAGGGAUCAUCACGGGCAUCGGCACCGUCGAGGGAGUGACCUGCAUGAUCGUCGCCAACGACAGCACCGUCAAGGGAGGCACGUACUAUCCGAUCACGGUGAAGAAGCACCUGCGCGCGCAGGCCAUCGCGCAGGAGAAUAAGCUGCCUUGUAUCUAUCUUGUCGACUCCGGUGGCGCCAAUCUGCCGCAUCAGGCGGACGUCUUCCCGGACCGAGACCACUUUGGGCGCAUUUUCUACAAUCAAGCCCGGAUGAGCUCCCUCGGUAUACCGCAGAUUUCCGUGGUUAUGGGGCCCUGCACCGCGGGAGGAGCAUACGUUCCCGCGAUGAGCGAUGAGACAAUCAUUGUCGAGAACCAGGGCACUAUCUUCCUGGCCGGUCCUCCCCUGGUGAAAGCGGCCACCGGGGAGGUCGUCUCGGCGGAAGAGCUGGGUGGAGGGCACUUGCACAGCACCAUCUCUGGAGUUACGGAUUACCUGGCUGUGGACGACGCUCACGCCCUUGUUCUUGCACGCCGGUGUGUCGCCAAUCUCAACUACCCCAAGACCAGCUUCCCAUGGUCCCAGACGACUACCAUCAAGGAACCGCUUUAUGACCCCGAGGAGCUGGCAGGCAUCGUGGGCACCAACCUCCGUCGACAGAUCCCAGUGCACGAGGUGAUCGCCCGAAUCGUCGACGGCAGCGAAUUCGCCGAGUUCAAACGCGACUACGGCACCACACUGGUCACGGGGUUCGCGCGCAUCUACAGCAUGCAGGUCGGGAUCGUGGCCAACAACGGCAUUCUGUUCUCCGAGUCCUCCCUGAAGGGAGCGCAUUUCAUCGAGUUGUGUGCCCAGCGCGGGAUCCCGCUGGUUUUCCUGCAGAACAUCUCCGGGUUCAUGGUCGGAGCAGAUGCGGAGAAAGGGGGUAUUGCGAAGAACGGCGCGAAGCUGGUCACGGCCGUGGCUUGUGCCGAUAUCCCCAAGUUUACGGUCGUGUUUGGAUCGAGUGCCGGUGCAGGAAAUUACGGCAUGUGUGGCCGCGCCUACUCCCCCCGACUGCUCUUCAUGUGGCCCAACGCCAAAAUCGGCGUCAUGGGCUCCGAGCAACUCACCGCCGUGAUGGAGGCGGUAGGCAAGACCGCCGACCCAGAGCUGAAAUCGCGCAUCGAUCACGAAUCCAAAGCCAUCUUCUCGUCGGCCCGGCUCUGGGACGACGGUAUUAUUCCUCCCGCCCGCACGCGUCAGGUUCUGGGCAUGGGUCUUGCUGCCGCUCUGGGCGGCAAAGUGGACUCGGUGCAGACGAAAUUUGGCGUGUUUAGGAUGUAA